CAUUUGCGAGGGCAUUCGCGCACAUGAGGCCAGCAGGGCCAGCGCCAAUAAUGAGAACGUCGACUUCAGAGUGACGUACGAACGGAACAGCCUGCAUUGAGAAAGAACUAUAACUUAGUAAUGGAAGUGGAGGAAUGUGUCUUGAUACAGGGGAUGCAGGUCUACAAUCCUCAAGAGAGCGUUCUUAAAGAUGCUAGAGUGGUAGAAUAAAUAGAUAUCAGUCAUGCCCACAGUAGUGUCCCUGGAGCCAUGUUAGCUACAAGACCGAAUCGAUCAAAGCUAGUAUUCACAGCCGUUCACAUCAAGGGUGUCACAGUAGACACCAAGUCGGGCUACCGUUUAGAUGCCGAGCAGUCAUUCUCCUCAGAGACGCUGCAACCUUCUUUGACAGCCCUUGCUCCGCAUGAGAUCCGCGUGUUUUUCCUUCAUGUGUCCGACCCGAGCGCAUCUUAUGAUGAGAUGCUUCUAGGUGUCAAUCAACGGAACAUGCCAGCGAAGAAUUCAAUUGGCCUGAGUAAUUUUUGCAGUUGGGAGGCAAUCCUGGAACAAGUGGCAGAGAUGGUAACAGGUGGCUUCAAGGUCACUAAUUCGACUGUGAAUUCACGUCGUUAUCGAUGGUCGUGUGAUCCGAGUCAGAACUUGAAACAUGCACCAGGCUCUGAGAUGGAAUGGAUCAGAGAGAAGAACGAUACCAAAGCCAGCUAG